UGUCUCAGCAGAGGAAGAGCUGCAGGUUGUGUUGAGUGAUGUGGUAUCCGCCUCUCUUUCUUUCACAUAGCAGAACGUACUGCCUAAAUGCCCGCUUUAAUCCUCCUCAGCAAUCAUCUUUUAUAAUGAAUAUAUUAUAAGCGCGACGUCCCAGCGGUUCAUGGUUUCCUCUCAGUCAGAGUUAGUUUGGUCUGGAGAUUUCCUUUGAAUGGGUUGAACUCAAAACACUUUCUACUUUGAUUUGGGCACAUCAGGAACAUAAUUAGAGGUGGUGCACAGCCCCAUUUUGUAUUAAAACAUUGUGCCUGUACGACAAAACGAAGACAGAAGCUCCCAAAAUGCCACUUGGAUUGGGCCGCAGAAAGAAGGCGUCUCCUCUGGUGGAGAAUGAGGAGGCCGAGCCCAUCCGGGCUGGUCUGAACGUCCCAGGGUCCGGUGGCCUUGAUGGUGGCAGGGUCAGUUUGGGUGAAGGAGCUGCCCAUGAGGGCUUACCACCUCCACCCACCAGCCUGCGCCCUCGCCUGAUCUUCCACACCCAGCUGGCUCACGGCAGCCCCACGGGUCGCAUCGAGGGCUUCAGCAAUGUGCGUGAGCUAUAUGCCAAGAUAGGAGAGGCCUUUGGGAUUCCUCCAACAGAGGUGAUGUUUUGCACACUGAAUACUCACAAAGUGGACAUGGACAAACUUUUGGGUGGCCAGAUCGGAUUGGAGGACUUUAUAUUCGCUCACGUGAAGGGCCAGAGGAAAGAGGUGGAUGUUUUUAAAGGAGAGGAUGCACUGGGGCUCACCAUCACUGAUAAUGGAGCUGGCUAUGCUUUCAUCAAGAGAAUAAGAGAAGGCAGUAUUAUUCAUCAGAUCCAGGUCAUCAACGUGGGUGACAUGAUCGAGUCGAUCAACGGACAGAUACUCAUUGGCUGCCGCCAUUACGAGGUUGCCAAGAUGCUGAAGGAACUGCCCAAAGGGAAGACAUUUGUCCUGAAGCUGGUGGAACCUUUGAAGGCAUUUGACAUGAUCAGUCAGCGGUCAGGAAGCAAGUCAGGCUCUGCACAGUUAGGAACGGGCAGAGGAACGCUGCGUCUGAGGUCUAAAGGGCCGGCCACCGUAGAGGAACUGCCGUCAGCAUUUGAAGAAAAAGCUAUCGAGAAAGUGGAUGACCUGUUGGAGAGCUACAUGGGCAUUAGAGACAGUGAACUUGCUGCCACGAUGGUGGAGCUCGGCAAGGACAAAAAGAACCCGGAUGAGUUUGCUGAAGCUUUGGACGAGACUCUGGGUGAUUUCGCGUUUCCAGAUGAGUUUGUGUUCGAUGUGUGGGGUGCCAUAGGCGAUGCGAAGGUCGGUCGCGUGUAAUUUUAGAAAUGGAUAAAAAAUACACUACUUUAGGAACACUAUUGAGUUUUUUUUUUUUUGGUUGGUUUUGGGAACAUAUGCUGGGAUGCUUUUAAGAAUGCUUGAAAAACACUUGUAGGCCUCUAACUCCACACUUUUUUUAAUAUGCAGGUGUUAUCCAAACACUAUGUUGAAUGCAUUUCAAAAUUAUAUUCAUAUUUGAAUAGGUUGAGCCUGAUCACUUAUAUGAAAUGUCUUAUUUAGUAGGAUAUUAAGCAAAAGAUGCUGAGACUCAUUGAAUUUGCAAGUUAUUUACUCCAGGGCCCGUGUUUGCUCCCCUGUGAGGUUACUCUGUUACUGUGACUUUCACUUGCACUGUUACCCAACGCUGUAUAAAUUGCACGGUUAGACACAGAACACGCAGUGCAGAGACCGAGGCAAUGCUGGUUUACACUGUAGUGACCUCUGCGGUGUUGAUCUGACCCGUCCCACGGCAGAAUCACGGACCAUUUGUCUUAUCAACACUAGAAUGAUUCUCUAAAGCAUGUGCUGUCUUGUUAUGUACUCUUGUUCUGUAUUAUACAAAGGAUUUCGAGUGGCUUCGAAGUCGUUGCAAUGAACAGUUUCUAAAUGACAUCUAGUGCUUUACAUUUCCAGUUCUGUGGCUUAGCUCUUAUUUUAAGAGAGUAAAAGAAAGGGAGACAAAAACAUAAACCAUCCGUUUUCAUUUUAGUAGCGUGGCAAACUAGCACAUAAUGCCAAACAUAAGGAAACCUUUUUCUUUUUUAUCAGUAAAAUCAGUAUUAAGAAAUGUCAUGAAGUAUUACAGAUAAUGUUUCACCCGUAACAGUAUUUAUCUUUUAAAGGAGAAGCGGAGGAAGAAUGAAGGGCUGGGCGAUAAGGGAGUUUCAAACAAACCAUUAUUGAAGUGAAACGGAUUCAGAAAGCCACAUAUAUAAAUAUAUAUUGUGUGUAUUAGUGUGUCUUUGAAUAUUUGAUACUUAUUGCCCAGCCCUACUGGUAAGUGAAUAUUAAAGCACUGAUUGGACGGUGUAGGUGUUAGAUGGUAUUGACUGUAUGCUGUUGAUUUGAGUGUAUAUAGUGUUGAUGUGUUUAUGGAAACUACACUACAGCCAGUGAGCAUCUCCAAGAUCCUGACAAUAGUGCUGCAAAUACGACCAAACACAGGCGUCUUACACUGAGCACAUGUUGAAGUCUGAAGUUAUCAUUCCUCUUUUAACCAGGCAGUUCAACACUGUACUAUUCCACGUCUGGAACGUCAGAGCAUGUUUGAAAUGUAAAUGCUGAUCAUGUGAUGGUUAAAACUUCAAACUUUAUAUAUAUAUUUUUUUUUAUUUAGCCGGGGUGUCUUGUCUUAUGGGAGAUGUAGGUUCAUGUUUAAAGGACCCAGCUCCAAAAUUAAUUAAAAGAAGAAAAAAAAAAAUGCAAUGUUUUGGUGUUACUUUUUACAUGCUGUAAAGCUGUCAGUGUAGCUUGGACACCGCUCUCUUGUCGUUGAUUUACUUUGGUCACUUUUUGAACAUAUUAAGAUAAGCGUUGUUUUUAAGAUGAAUCGUUUACACUGAUGUAAUGGUGUUGAUGGACUCAUGUUACACUGUCUCAGACUACCUUCGAAUGGCAAUAAAUGUUAUGUUUUUUUCAGUGACAGAAAUGCUAUUGCACCAAAAUGUUCUUUGUUAGAUUUCUGAACAACAAUAAAACAAACAUAAUGA